CAGCUGGAAGGCCAGGAAGGCCAGCCCGAGCGCCGAGGAAGGCAUCGUGGAGCCGCAAGAGGACUGGGAGGAAAGGAAGAAGGAGAGGAGGCUGCGGGUGUUGAGAGCGCUGCCCCGUCCAGCCAAGACCAAGAUUUGUUUACUGUGUAUGGUGUGAUGUCUCAGGGACCCUCGAGUCAUGACCCCGUAGCCAUUAUGGAUGAGACUGAAGAAGAUAUGGGGUUUGUGCCGACUCAACAAGAUUCAGCUUCCUUCCAGAUGUCCCCUGUUGACAGUUUUAGCCCACAGUUAAUUACAAAAGUCCUUGAAACAGAGCCUGGUUCUCCGGAGAGCGCUCCUUUUGAUAGGAAAUUGUUUUUGGAAACAUUCCGCUCUGAGAAGGAGAAUAGGAGAAAAAGCGCCAGAUUAGCGGAGAGAGCAAACGCUAAUUAAACCAGUUCCCUUGAGAGUUUCCAGGGAGGCUUGCAUCUGGCAAGUUGUUGUCUUCAGUCCGCUUUCCCUUGAGAAAAAGUGUUCAGGCACCUGAUUUGAAGUCACAUAAAAGUUCUGCACGCAGGCUGGCCUUUGCGGUGUCAACGUGUCAGUUGAGAACUUAACAUCGCCUCAAGUUCCUCUCAAGUAGACUGGACACUGCGUCUCGUCUCCCUGCCAAGUCUGGACUGCGAUUCAGUUCCACCACGACUAACUUGCCUUGCCUUGUUAACCUAGCCUCGAACAUUGAUCCUGGUGCUCUUGAAAGACCUUGCUCUUUUCCCCACUCAAACUGCUUGGAAGUUUGAGUGUGUUUCGGUAUUUGGAUUUAAAACUUUGAACUCUAAUAUUGGACAUCUAACUUCAUAUUACUGGACUAUAUUUGACCUUUCCUAAAAGGACUAUUGCUGGACUAUAUACUCUGUUUAUUUUUGUUUAACUCUUAUUUCCUUAAUAAAGAUAUUAGAUUGUUUAUUGGCCUCUGUGUCUGGUUCCCAGUGCUCUCGCAGCUUAGAGUCGUCACAUAUGUAAUAAAAAUGUUUUAAAAAUAAUAAUUUCUGCACUAUUUUGUCUUUUUAAAAAACUGUAUCUUUUUAAUUUUUGUAAUCACAUGGUGUACAGAGACUGCCAUGUCUGGUUCUAAGAGAUUUUGUUUUUGUUUUUGUCAUCCAGAGUGCUUGUUGUUAUUGUGUUACGUCAUUUGCAUACCUUCCAAAACUUGGACUUUUCUUGUCACAGAUGGACGAUAAUAUUUAUACUGUCAUUGCCUCCUAUGAUAGAGGCACUUCAACACAUCUGGAAACUGGAUAGAAAAGGCUAUGCUAAAUAUGGGAUAUAAUCUGCUCAGUCACUGAGCUGCACUUCUCUCUGCAAAUCAGGAAGAAAAUCAAUUCAUCUGGAAUGGGGUGCUUGUGAUGACUCAUGGGCCUUGUAGUCCUGUUCCUAGUACUAUUGUGGCAGAUGAAGAUGAAAACAUGGGGUUUUCGCCGGUUCAACAAGAACUGGAGUCUCUUCACCUGCCGGAUGUUGAUGUUUGCCCUCAAGAAUUCAGUAAACCAGGCCUUGGGCAGUACUCCCCUCCGUUUCCCAGGAAGGAAUUUUAUUCUAAAGACAGGGGAGUCAGAGAAGCUAAUCGGAGAAGUCUAAGAAUCGCUGCCAAACAAAUGGCUGAUUAGGUCUGCUUCCCUUGGGAAAUUCUAAGGAGUCUUGCAUCUGGACAGAGUUGGGUUUCGCUUCUCGUUCUCUAGGGAAAGAGUUCUGUUGGCGGGAAAACGAGACCCAAUAUAGGUGUUUGGCGCGAGGGUUUCUUUGCGGAGUCAAUUGAUCAGCUUCAGGAGAGAGAUCGUGUGUGGACUUCAUAAUCCCAGUUCCUUGCUUCCCGGAUCAAGCUUCAAGCCUUGCCCUGCCUCGCGGUUUUACCACGGACCCUGCUUCAUGCUUCAUGUUUUGCCUUGUCUCCAGUCACGGACCUAGUCAAGAAUCAAGUUUAUUUCCAGCCUUGUUGUCAAGCUUCAUUGGACUCUAAGACUCUGUUAUUUCCCCACACUAUUGCUUGGCAAAGUGUGUGUUUCGGUCAAGUGGAUUAAAACUUUGAACUCUAAUAUCAUUUAUUGGACAAUACAUUUUUGGACUAUAUUUGACCUCAUUUGAAAGGUCUGCUUCUGAACUAUAUCCUUCACUUGUUUUUAUUGAUUUUAUAUAUUUCUUUAAUAAAGAUAUUAGAUAGAGACUGGCCUCUGUGUAAGGUUAUUGGUGCCCAGCUGCCAGGGUUCUGACAGUGCUAGAGAAGAUUUCUGUGGAUGCCAUAGCCUACUGAAAAGACAAAUAAAUAGGUCUUACAGCAAAUCAGUCUUAAACUCCCUGUAGAAGCCAAGGCACCAUAUUUUGGGCAUAUUAUGAGAAGACUUAACUCACUAGAAAAGUCAGUAAUGUUUGGGAAGGCAGAAGGCAGCAGAAAAAGGGAAAAUUGCAUUCCAGUGUAUAGACUCAAUCAAAAACACUACCCCCUCAUACAUACAUGCGUACAUACUUAUGGAGUUUUCUUAUCUGUAACAAAUAAAAUUUAGGUAUGACUACAUACUCAAUAACAUGAGCUAUAAGAGGAGCAUUUCAAAUCUGGUAGUUAUAUUCAGUUACAUCAAUUACACCAGAAACGUGAUUAAGGUGUUGCAAUGUUGCAGGACUUUGGGGGCAUGGGAUAGAUAGAGUGUAUAUGCUUCUGCUAAGUCAAGGGCAGUGAUUCCUUGAGAUUGGAGGAAACAUGUACACCCACCUAUCUCCAUGUUGCCAGGUAGCUCUGUAAUCAAGCAAGGUAUUUUUGAACAGGUCUCAUAAAAUAUUGAUGGGGUGAUUGGUUCCUGUCCUGCAACAUUCUGCCUCCUCCUCCUCCUCCUCUCCUCACUGCCAAGUUGAAUGCCAACUACUUUUAUGCUAUGAACUCAGUUGCAUUGACUGAAAUAAGAUCAAGGACUUCAUCGCACUAGAGCAGGGGUUCUCAAAUGUUUUUGGCUGCGGGGCCCUUUUUGGAACAAAAGUUUCUCGGGGCUCCACAAGAAACUUUUGCUUCAAAAAGGGCUCUGCAACUGAAAAGGUUUAAGAACCUCCACUGUCGUGUGAUGAAGUCCAAAGACAAAGAGAAAAAGUGGGAGAAGAAGACAGAAACUCAAGACAUUUUUAAAACAGGUAUAAAGGUGGGGCAACAGAAGAUUCAUCAAGACUGUAGCUGUCAAAUUGGGACAGUUGGGAAAGAAUGGUCCUGGAGCAUAUCCACUUCAGCUAAGUCAAAAGAAAGAAAAUGCAAACCUUUGAUAAUAACUUUUGUUUUCAGCUUUAGUGCAGCUUUGUCUACCUAAAGACAGCAGAUUCUGUCUGAUCACAGAAGCUAUGCUGCAUUCCUGAGGCUGAGUCCUGAUCUAGUUCCUUAAGAAACAACAUGUGCAUAGAUAAAGUCUGCUGUAAAUGAGCUUACAUGGCUAUCUUUUCAAAGCAGAUUAUAAUAGAUUUUAGGGCCAUAAUCACUGAAACAUGCUACAAGAGAAGUAAUAAUAACAAUAAGUAUCCAUAAUAACACCAUUACAAAUCCCCUCUAUGUUAUAAGAACACUAACAGUAGUGGUGCCAUCUCUGUGGAACACCUUGCCACCUGAAGUCCGUGCCUUGCGGGACUUGUUGGCCUUCCGCAGGGCAUGUAAGACACACCUGUUUCGGCAGGCUUUUGAGUUCUGUUGCUGAUAUUUUAAAAGGUGCUUUUAGGAUGUUUUUAAGAUUUUUUUUAAAGAUGUUUUUAAAAUGUUUUUUAAAAUUGUUGAUUUUAGCCGGUUCUUGUAAGCCGCUCCGAGCCCUAGGGGAGUGGCGGCAUAUAAGUUUGAAAAAUAAAUAAAUAAAUAAAUAAUAGAAUCACAGGGUCACUCUGAAUUCUGUUUCACACUGGUGUUCUCUUCUUUAAAUUUCACUUCAGCUUUUACAUGUCUUAAAUUCCCUGAGCUUUCAGUCUAGCCUCAAAGUAUCUAUCUGUAUUUUUAUACUAAAUUGUUUUAUUGCAUUCUCCAUUUUAUUAUAUGAAAUAAGACUUCAGUCUAACACACUCUAGAGGGCUACAAGGUAUCUGCUCAGGAUAUAGAUUCCACAGUAGAUCAAAUUCAUUAGCCUAUCAGCGCCUUCCAAAAAUUCCUCAAUAAAUUACUUCAUUUCAUCAAACUCUGACAUUAUCCUAAUAAGGACUUAUUCUAUAAUUAGUAGAAAAUUGUUCUUUAUCACUUCUAACUAUUAUGGGUUUGCAAUGUAGCCACAAAUUAUGGAUAUAGCUUUUGAACAGUUCCAAGUUUGGAAAAAUAAAGCACUAGUUUAUAAAGCUCAUUUUCCUUUUAACAGCACCCCACCCCCAUUGUUUGUGUAUACACACACACACACACACACACACACACACGCACUCUAAACAGAAAUUAUGAGAUCAAACUGAUACAAUCUAGCACACAACAUUUGAGCUUUCUGAAAAGGAAAAGUAAACCAGGAAUCUGGAUUUGAAUCUAGUUGGCUGUGUAUUUAUGCUACAGAUCAAGUCUGAAAACUUCAAACUUGACAGGGCAAAGAACCAAGAAAGAAAGCUGAAAAGAGAAGGAGCAAAAAAAUUUAGCAAGAACAAUACAUUGGAUUGGUUCCAGAACCCCCCAUAAAUCCCAAAUUCCAUGGAUGCUUGAGUCCCAUUGUUUACAAUGGUGCAAUAAAAGGGUGCCCCUUUCAUAAAAUUCUUGAGGAGACUCAACUACAUAGGUAGUCCAAUUUUACAAGAUCACAUUGUUAGGAUUAUUUAGGCACUUCCUUACGGGGUGCAUUCCCACCAGUCAUCACUCAGGGAGAAAUGUUAUAUUUCUGUUUACUUCAUCAGAUUAUGCUGGGAAGUGUUCAGAAGUGCUCAGAAGAAGAGAGUUCAGUCUAACUCCAUUUCGUAAUAAAAAGGAGUUUUUCCCUGCCUUGGGAUCACACUGUUGUCUUGCACUCAGUGUCUUGCAUAUUUUUCACUGAGGAGGUUUCCACCAUCCCUGUCGGUGCUUUUUGGCUCUUCAACUCCCACUAUUCCCAACUGCAGAGAGGGAGGGAGGGAGAGGGAGGGAAAAGCGAGGGUGGGGGAUUCCCCUUUGGAACGCAGCAAAACGGGCUCAGCUGGUGUUUGGACUACAACUCCCACAAUUCCCAACUGCAGGCGGGGAGAAAAGCGAGGAUGGGGAGGUUUCCACUUUGGAAGGCAACACAGGCUGACAAAUCAUGACACAGAUAAAUCAUGGAAGGAAGAAAUAAAAGUACCCUAAAAGGCUAUUUUAUUUUUUGGCAAAGUAUGAGGUAGCUUACAACCAAACCUUCCUGCUUGGGGAGCAAAAGGAAAUGAUGGAAAAUGCCCCAAAAAAUUUAUUUUGACUCUUCCCUCAAAUUGGGUGCUCCUAACCUGAGAGCAAAUUAGGUGCUCCUAACCUGCCACUUCAUUAGAAAUUUGGCAAAGCAUCCGGAGUUUUGAGAAAAAUCCAUUUCCUCACCUCUUCCUAAUACGUUGGAAAAAAUUGCUGCCCUCAACGUUUAAAAGACUAAAAAAAACUGCACUUUAACCAAAACAAAUGUGGUGGACCAGUGGAAUACCAGAUUUUAAGUAUAGAAUUCAGUGGAAUUUAGUUUAUGUGAUGAAAUGAAAUCAAUGAGUGAGAAUCAUGUCGUUUGCAAUAUGUUAUUGAUGGCAACUCCUCCAACCAGCAUUGCCAAGAAUUAGGAGCUGCAUUCUCAGAAUACAGUCAACCUUCCACAUUUUUUGGUUUCAUUUUUGCAGAUUUGGUUAUUUAUGAAAUUGAUUUCAAAGUUCUCUCUAGGACAUUGGCGGAGUCAUCCUGGAGGACCUAGAGAUUUCUAAUAAGAACACCUCUCUAGGAAUGUCUAAAACUUCAUGUUCAAUUCUAUAGUCAUGUUCCAGCAGAUGUUGGCCAUAAAGUUGUUGUCGACAGCUUAAAAAUUUCAAAAAAGGUAUUCUCUCAGGUAAGCACAUAGCAUUUUUUUUAAUUCACAGUUUUUUUUACUUUUGGAGUGCUUGUGUGUUCGUAGCCACAGCAAAUGUGGAGGGCUGACUGUAAUCGGAGAGCCUCAUGCUUCCCAUCUAUUAUCUAAACCAAUGCAAAAUGGCAAGUGAAAUAUUAUGAUCCAUUAAACUGAACAUAGACUAUUCAGUUAGGCAUAACACUCUGUCAAGAUUUGGAUCAGUCUUGCUUAUUGGAUUUUAUGACCCUGAAAAUAAAAGCCCUAGCAAAUUAUACUAAGGACUUCAUCACACUGGUGAAAAUAAGCAUCCUAGGACACUUAGAGCCUUCUUCAGGAAUGGAGUCUCAUGCCAGUGCCAGCCACCACACGAUGUUGUGCAACUUCCGGCUGUGACUCCACCCCCAGCUGGGGUGGAAGCAUCUUUGGGUGUUUCUCUCCAAACACGGGAGCCUUCUGCCCUGUUUGGGCGAGACUUCCCCCAUGUGAUGGGGCAGCAUCGCUCCUCGGGAGCUACACGCGGUGCAAUGGAAUUACCCCUUGUGCCUGCCGUUUUGCCACACUAGUUGGGCGAGGGAAGGGGCUCCUCCAUGUGAUGAGCAUGUAGGUGCCUUGUAACACGUCAGCAUGACUAUAACAGCCUGGGUGUUGGCUGGAGACUUAGAAUACCAGAUUUAGGGAGGGGCCUUUAAACUGCUCAGCUAGACAGGUCCUGGACCUCACUAAACUACAAAUCCCAGAAAUCUGCAGGAGGCAGUAACCGGAUUUAAAGUGGACCCAUGCUCUAGUCUUGUGUGAUGAGGUCAAAAGUGAAUUUGGAAGCUUGCUAUUAAUUUGCUGUCAACAACAGCAAAAUGGCUUCUGCCUGGCUGUACAUUACAAGACUUAGCAUCACCCACAUUAGCUGCACCAUGUUAAGAAUGAAUCGUCCAAGGAUGAUAACAGCAACAGCAACAGCAGCAGCAGCAGCAGCACAAGGAUGUUUAAUGAGUUAAUAUCUGGUCAUGCUCCAUGAGGUUACAAAGGUAGCCUAGUUGACAUCUCCCAGUGUAUCUCAUAAACAAGUUUUUCAUAGUUGAACAUUCUUAUUGGAUGAAAAAGUACUAAAUCCUGUAGUUAUGCCUAAAACACAGUGGGAUCAGAGAGGGCAAAGGAGUGUGCCUACAUUCAGCAGCUUAAGUUGGAAGUGCUUUCCCCCCUGAAGAUUGACUGCCCCAGAGGUCAAAAACAGAUCCCUUGCCUAUUUUUAGCAGAUUCCAUGUUUGCAACAUCCUUAUUUAGCAACCCAGCAUAACAAGAGUCUGAGAAUGUUUACAUCAUUAUGUGUGUGAGGGUUUGGAGGAGACUGUGACAAGAAAUGUAUCCAUGGAACAUAUUGCUUUGCUUCACACCAGCCAGGCAAUGACAACUGCUUGUCUUAUCCUCCAUGAAAGCUUAAAGAAGACUGUAAUAAAUAGCCUCUCUUCAUCUAACAGGUUUUUCCCACUCUCCCAGUCAUACUUAGUUUUAUGCUCUCGAUAGUUACAGAGGAAAGAAAGUGCAUUCAUUUUCUUUGUCAAGCUUCCCUUCCUGCUGGCUGAAGAAAUACCAGGGUGACUUUCUUCUGCACAAAAGAAGCCAGCUGAAUUUUCUCUCUAGAAUCAUCCUAUUAUAAAUUCAAACAACAUAUCAAGUACAUUCUGCCAUAAUGUUUAAUCACACGCAGUGCAAUGCCCUGUCAGGUACAUCCCAAGCUAAAGUCAAAGCAGGCAGUUGCAACUUUCUUUCUUUAAGCAUGCAGGAUCCUAAUCCAGAUAUGUCCACCAUGCACAAGUGAAAGCUAUUCUUCUUUACAGACAGAUGCCCUAUUUAGAUUACUGAGACUGGGAUUCAGUCAAGGGUGUUAUUUUGCUAUCAAAGUUUCUUUUGUUUGCAAUGGAAGUGAGAAAACAGAUGGUUGGUGCUAGUGAAGCUUGUGUGACCUUUAGUCAUUUCUGAGUGAUACUGACCCUAAGGUGAACCUAUCUUGGAGGAUUCUUGACAAGAUUUGUUCAGAAGAUGUUAGCCUUUAUCACCCUUUGAGCCUUGCCCAAGGUCUUCCAGUGGGUUUCCAUGAUACAAAGGAGAUACGAACCAUUGUCUUCUGAGUUAUAAUCCAAAUCACUAAACCACGACACCCCUUUUUAUAAUGUGGAAAUUUAGAUUGAUUUUGUUCCGGUAUGCAUGCUUCCAGAAUGUAUUGGGGCCACCCAGCAUAACAAGUACUUUAAAUGUAUCUCCCUUCAUUUAUUCUCCACUCCCCACAAUUACCUACAUUCAUCUUCCAGCCAUAUAGUAUGAACAUGAAGAAAAAGAAGGACUUUUUUUGGCACCAAGAUGAUCUGUGUACGAGUGGCCAACUCAGGUGAGAACACUGGGCCAGGAAAAGAUUUUAUUAUUAUUGACACAACGACAUUGUAUGACACAGCAAACAAGAUAGAUAUGCUGGAUUUUAUCCAGAAAGGCCCGCUCUCUCGUUCCUACCAACUGAGAUAGAGAUGGAGGUGGGAAUGAGAGAAGGUCCUCUCCUGAAGAUCUCAGGGCCCAGGAAGGUUCAGACAGGGAGAUGCAAUUAGCCAAAUAGCCUGGACCUGAGCCUCUGCCUGUGCAUAACAGCCCCAAUGCAGAACAGACUCUUGAAAUAUAAAAUAAUGCAGCAUUGGAUGAAGGCUACAUAUUUAACUUGCCAUCAGUGGGCUACAAUUCCUAGAAUCCUCAUGCCAACAUGAUCCCUAAUUUCAAGCAGAUUGCCUAUCCAUUACAGUACAGAAAAUAGAGCAAGAAGACCUGCUUCCAUGCACUUCAUCUCGAAUUACAAAUUCCUGCUUACUGAAUCUACCAGAGAGGCUGAAUUUAUACAGCUAUGAAACUGGAAUUCCAUUACUGUUCAGAAAAGGUUGCACGGGCUAAAAACAUCUUGUCGUUCAGUCAAUCACCUUAUUUCCAACCCAUCAUUUUUACAAGUGUGGGAAUCAAGGCAGUAAUUAAAAUGAAAAAAAAAUCAAAAGUAAAUCCGUAUACAAUACAAAAUGCUAAGAUUAAAAAUAUUAACCUAUUUAAUUAAAACCAUAUAAAACAUACAUUUAAAAGUAUAGAUUAAAAACAGCACAUAACUAUACAUCCAUUAUAUAAAACCAGUUGUCUGAAACAAUUGGUUCUCAGUUACAUGCUGGGAUAGAAAUCUUCACCUGACAAGGAAAGGAAAAGAAGGAAGGACCCAGCCUAGCCUCCCUUGGAAGCUCCAAAAAUGCAGGAGCAUCCACAAAGAAGGCCCUCCCCUGAGUUGCCACCAAAUGUGCCUAUGGAGGUGGUGGGAUUAAGAGAAGGCUUCCUGUGAAGAUCUUAGUAUUUGGGCAGGCUCGUGCAGGAAGAUACAAUCCUUCAGAUAGCCAGUUUUGUUGAAAGAGAAAGGACAGAAACAUUUCAGAUAUGCACAAGCUAUUUCUGUCAUAGAGCUCAAAACAGUUUUCCAUUAGGCUUUUCCUUUGCAGUAAUUUUAUAUCCAUGCAACGAGCCCUAUGGUAUUAUUACAUCACAGUAUUUUCCACUAAGAACUUAUGGUCCUCCAGAUGGCUUUGGACUCUAGUUUCCAUUGCCAUGACCAAUGAUGAAAGAUGGAAUUUCAUCAUCUGGUGGCGCAAUGGGUUAAACCCUUGUGCCGGCAGGACUGCUGACUGGAAGGUUGGGUUGCUGAACUGAAAGUUACUGGUUCGAAUCCAGGGAGAGCAUGGAUGAGCUCUCUCUAUCAGCUCCAGCUCCCCAUGCAGGGACAUGAGAGAAGCCUCCCACAAGGAUGGUAAAACAUCAAACAUCCGGGUGUUCCCUGGGCAACGUCCUUGCAGACGGCCAAUUCUCUCACACUAGAAGAGACUUGCAGCUUAUCAAGUCACUCCUGACACACACACAAAUUCAUCUGGAUCACCACAGAUUCAUGUUGAAGAACUCUGACUUUGUCAGGCACUCUAGUUUGCAAGCUAUGUGGCACUGAACCUCUAACAAGACCAUAAAGAUAACCAAAGACAGGGGAGAUUAUUAACUUGCAGUACUGUACAAUAAAAGCUCGACUUUACGUAAAGCCCUACAAAUUGACCUUUGAAUGUUUUCUUUAUGUGGGUGUAAUGGUCCCAGGUUCAAAUCCCGGGAGCGGAAUGAGCUCCUGCUGUUAGCCCCAGCUCCUGCCAACCUAGCAGUUCGAAAACAUGCAAAUGUGAGUAGAUCAAUAGGUACCGCUCCGGUGGGAAGGUAACGGCGCUCCAUGCAGUCAUGCCAGCCACAUGACCUUGGAGGUGUCUAUGGACAACGCCGGCUCUUUGGCUUAGAAAUGAAGAUGAGCACCAACCUCCAGAGUCGGUCACGACUGGACUUAACGUCAGGGGAAAACCUUUACCUUUACCUAAUGGCAUGCUUAGAUGUGUUUAUUUCACACCUAGAUUUCUAUAAGUUGUUCAAAGAUAAAUUAUACUUAGAACAAUACUUAUCUUAAAUAGAGCAAGUACAUAAACAAGCAGGACUUUGAUGCAGAAGUGAAGCACUUAAAAAUUUCCUUGAUUUCAGUGAAAGAACCAUUUGUAUUUCUAUUUCUUGCCUCAAAAGUAAAAGUAUUUCACUUUCAUGGAAUUGUGCCAUGGUAUUUUACAACCCUCUGACAUCUAAUUAAAUUCAUCAUUGUUGAGAACAGAAUUUAGCAAAAAUACUUUUUGGGACUUAAGGGGAUUCAGGGAGUUGUAAUCCAAAAAGGAAACAUUGUCAAACUCUGAUACAGAACUAUUUGUGAUUUUAUUUUACAUCAUGCUUAAAAACAUGCAUUAUUUUCUGGAGCUUUUCUUUGAUGGAGCAGGUGUUCAUUUUACAUCUUCCUUAUGUAAUACUAUGCCAAGAUUGUAAGUGAUCCUUAUCUUGGAAUGAUUGUUAAGGACACGACUAAAUCAGCUUUUUCCUCCUACCCACUCAUCUGCCUUCUGGCACAAUCACCUUCAUAUACAUAUGUAUUUCUUUAAUGAAAGUCUAAUAUGAUAUCUUUGGCUAUAUCCGCUCCUUGUGUAAUAUUGGGUAAACACAUUCCAGGAAAAAAAAUGGCUAAGGCUUUUGAUUAGCCUGUGCAUGCAAAAUAACUUUGUGUUGUCUCUAAAAUAAACAUUUUGUGAUCUCUACUUUUCAGCAGUUAACAUAAUUUAUCCAAUUUUCUUCCUCAUAGCAAGGAGGAAAGGAAGGUGCUUUGUUGACUUCAGGACUUUUGGGAAGGGCAGAGGUAAAUGCCCAUUUCCUGACUCUAUCUCAUUCAGUCUCUACUAUAGUUCUUUGUUGUUAAGUACAGCUUCUAAAUGCAAAGGUACUUCAACCUUCAAAAGCAAGGAGAAAGAAUGAGAACAAGGAGGACUUUAGAAGGCAACUGCAGAAAGCAAGAAGACUGGACAAUGUCAUGGAUCAGCAAGUCAGUAGAAGUGUUCCAUGUCAGUGAUAAGGUCUUGUGGCACCAGAUCACUGGUUUAAAGAUAAAAUUGUGAAUCUUGUCUAAUAGAGAAGGCGACUGAUAUUUGACACAAUUUCUUUGAUGAGGUUACAGGGCUCUGACUGCCUCACAACUAAACUUUAAAGAAAAACCAAGAUCCUUCUCUGUAUUUUCCACAAUUAACAGAAAUGCAUGGAAGUGAGAUCUGGGAUAGGGAGUAGGAUUACAUAACACUUUCAGAUAUUGUAAACUUGCCCCAAGCAGCAUUGAACAAAAAUCCUUUAUAGCAGCUCUGUAAAGUAAACUAGUAUUUGACUCAAUUCUGGCUUAGAGUGGGGUCCUAGGGUUUUUGUGGCAAAAUUUAUUCAGAAGAGGCUUGUCUUUGCCUUCCUUAGAAGCUGUGUGAAUCUGGCUUGCUCAAAGUCUCCAGGCGGGUUUCCCAUGGCUGCGUAAAUCCUGGUCUUUUGGAGUCCUAGCCCAACAUCUAAACAAGAGUGUCAUGGUUCCUCCUAUGUAAUAAUUGUUAAAUCAGUCUUAUUUGUUCCCCAUAUUAUAGAUGAGAAGCAAGAUUCAGACUGUGAACACUCUGACCAAGCCUGACCAAGUCACCAAGCCUGGUGGUGAGAUGUCAGCCUACAAACAUAGAAUUAGAAAAGCAAGAUACCUUCAAAUUUAUUUGGAAAUUAGCACUUUGAUUGUGGUAUCAGAAAUCAGCUGAGUCUACAGUGCAACCCUUAUUGCAAGGCUUUUCCAUUUCAGCAGCCUUGUUUUUGGUUUGGGUGGUGUGGAUUAUUCUGUUGUUAAAGAGCCUGAAAUCAAAAGACCUUGCCAACCUACUGAAUUAUCAAUAGAUCCCAAUCUAUCUCCUUCUCACCUACCCUGCACUACCAAUUAGAUCACAGUAACAUGCUCUAAAACAGUGCUUCUCAACCUGUGGGUCCCCAGGUGUUUUGGCCUACAACUCCCAGAAAUCCCAGCUAGUUUACCAGCUGUUAGGAUUUCUAGGAGUUGUAGGCCAAAACAUCUGGGGACCCACAGGUUGAGAACCACUGCUCUAGAAGCUACAGCUCAUGCAAAAUGUAGCAGCAAUCAGGCUCUUGCCUAGUGUGCAUUUUAGAGGCCAUUGAUCACCAGACAUACAAGAAUUGCAGUGGCGUCCAGUUCAUUGUACUGAUCUUGACUAUCAAGCACUACCACAGCUUGAGGCCAGGAUAUGUGAAGGACCACCUGCAUUCAAAUGUUGCUGAACUGAAGCUCCUAUCAUCCCCAUGGCUGAUAGGGAUUGUAAUUCAAUAACAUCUGCAGGAUUAUAUAGUCUCCAUGAAUGCAUUAGGGAGGAUUAGUUACAUAAAGUGAUGUGCAGUGUCCAACAACUACCGCUUCUUUGAUGGUCCCCUUUGUUGAAGGGCAACAUUGUGUCCCAGCCUAAAUGAGAGUGGUUCUAUCUGUCCUAAAUUAUCCUGGGGCACUCAGAUGAGAAAAAAGUUGUCCCCUCAGCACCAGUGCUGAAGUAAGAAGCAACUGCCAGAAUAAUCAGGCACAAUGGGUGGCAGGGAGGUGGUAUCUUGCCCUUCUCUUCAGGCAAUAAAAGGUCUUGGCCCAUUCCUUGUGUAUAUAUAUACUAAUAUGGCCUAAGAUUCAGAGGUACAGUACAACCAUGGAGACUGAAAAAGAAGAAAUGCUAGUCCAGCGAAUAUAUGUGUAAUAAAUAGCUUUGCACUUUUUUUGAUGUGAGCAUCCAACCUGACUUCCAGGGACUUAUCUUGAUAGUUGGCAUACAAGAGCAUUGAUAAAUUAUACACUACAUUUAGUCAUUAACUAUUGUUUCUGUCCCCCAUGCUUUUUAACAUCUACAUGAAACCGCUGGGAGAGGUCAUCCGGAGUUUUGGAGUUCGGUGCCAUCUCUACGCAGAUGACACUCAACUCUACUACUCCUUUCCACUGAACUCCAAGGAAGGCCCCCAGAUACUGAACCAGUGCUUGGCAGCUGUGAUGGGCUGGAUGAGGGCGAAUAAGCUGAAGCUUAAUCCCGACAAGACAGAGGUCCUCCAGGUCAGUCGUAUAUCCGAUCGGGGUAUUGGGUGGCUACCUAUGCUUGACGGGGUCGCACUCCCCCUGAAGGCGCAGGUCCGCAGUUUGGGGGUCCUCCUGGACUCAGCGCUGAUGCUUGAUGCUCAGGUGUCGGCGGUGGCCUGGAGGGCCUUGGCACAAUUAAAACUUGUGCGCCAACUGCGACCUUACCUCGUGAAGUCUGAUCUGGCCAUGGUGGUCCAUGCCUUAGUUACCUCUAGACUGGACUAUUGCAAUGCAUUCUACGUGGGGCUGCCCUUGAAGACGGCCCGGAAACUCCAACUAGUUCAACGUUCGGCAGCCUUGCUUCUAACUGGAGCUAAUUAUAGGGAGCGGUCAACCCUCCUUCUUAAGGAGCUCCACUGGCUGCCGUUCACCUUCCGGACCCAAUUCAAGGUGCAAGUGAUCACCUACAAAGCCCUGAACGGUUUGGGACCCUCCUACCUUAGUGAUCGCCUCUCCCCCUACGAACCUGCACGAUCUCUUCGUUCGUCGGGGGAGGCCCUCCUCUCGCUCCCACCUCCGUCACAAGCACGGUUGGUGGGGACAAGAGAGAGGGCAUUCUCCGUGGUGGCGCCCUGGUUCUGGAGCUUGCUCCCCAGGGAAAUCAGGCAAGCCCCCACCCUGGUAGCAUUCAGAAAGAGCUUGAAAACCUGGCUCUUUACUCAGGCCUUUAGAUAAAGAUUGCUAAUCCAGAAGGAAUCUGUAUCUGUGACCAUUCUUGUUCCGGUUUGCACUUUUUACCUUUGUCAACUCGAUAUAGACACAGGGUCUAUUCCCAUCCCAAUUUGCACUUCCAAGAAUUUGCAGCACUUUAUCAGUCACCUCGUGUUUACAAUAUUUAUAUGGUGCACCUUACCCAGUCUACUUUUACAAUCUCUCCAUUUUAAUCCAUGUUUUUAUUAGUUCUUUUUAUUGGCUAAUGUUUAAUUUUUUUUAAUUGUGCAUGUUUUUGUCUAUUGCUGUGUUUUAUACUGCUACUGUUUUUAUUCGGGCUUGGCCCCAUGUAAGCCGCCCUGAGUCCCCUUUGGGGAGAUAGAGGCGGGGUAUAAAAAUAAAGUUAUUAUUAUUAUUAUUAUUAUUAUUAUUAUUAUUAUUAUUAUUAUUAUUAUUUCUUUGAAUAUCAAUCCCUCCAAUUUCUUCCAUAGCUGAGAUAGUUGCAUCUACUACACAAUGCAGGUGCCUGCCACAUUAAAGGAAGACUUAAUUGCCUAUUUCCUUUUUGUGUUGCACUCAACUUUCUCUGAGGUAGAUUGUUGCUAUAUAUAGCCUCCCAGAGACAAACUGAUCUGGUGGUUACAGCAGUUUCAGUCUAAAAUUUGCAGCCUACAUUUUCAGAUUUUGUCUUCCGCUGACUAAAAAUAAGAGCCUAAUCCUAGCAUUCACCCCCUAAGAAGCACAGUAGGAUUCCAGUUUUCUUGUUUUAAUAAUUUUUAUUGAGAUAAAGAUAGAUUGCUUUUACAUAAAAAGUGGGGGAACAAUCUAAGUAAAUAGAAAAGUAGGAAAUAUAGAAACUUCUUUAAGAAAAGAAAGAAAAAGAGAGAGAGAGAAAGAGGGAAUAUAUAUAUAUAUAUAUAUA